AUGGAGCAAAUCGCUGAAGUUGCUUCUACUCUGUCACACGAUGAUCUUCUUGAAAUAACGAAGUCAUCUCUUAAAAGUGUUUUCAAUUCAGAUCCACUAUUGUCUGAUUUACCUGAAGAUAUUAUUCUAGAAGAAAUUCAGUCCUUGAUAGCUGUAGAACAUGGUCAAUCUAUUACCAUUUUUAUAUCAAGAGAUGUUGAGGCACCGUUAAAAGUUAUUGUCCCUCAGAGUGCCACAGUGAGAGAUUUGAAAAAAGCUAUUAGAAGGCAUUUUGAGUUGCAUCAAAGAAGAACUGGUAAUAAAGUAAAAAUAUCAUGGAGGUACAUCUGGAAAACUUACAAUUUAAACUUUGACAGUUUAAGCCUAGAUAAUGAUGAGAGCAACAUAUCGGAUUAUGGAGUUACUAAUAAAGUCACAUUAUCAUUUAAAAAGAAAAGAAAAAAAUCA